GGGAGUCGACGAGAUUUCGCGCGCUGGCUUGUUUUUGCUGUCACUAGCUGUCACCACCGCUGGCUGGCGCCGCUGCUGCUGGUUGCGGAGCGUGGAAUUGUGGGAAGUGUGGUGGUGACAAACGAGUGUGUCCGUCUUUGAAACUCGGUGUUUUUUGGGAAUGAAUGAAUUACUAGGCACAGCCAGGUGGAGGCAACAACAGCCUUGAGCCGGACCGUCUUCCCGACUCGUCGAGAGAGACCCCGUCAGGUUGAAGGAAGAAACCCCCGGAUUACGCGCAACACCAAACCUCCCGGACUAUGAAAAUGGUGUUGUCCCAAAGGCAGCGGGAAGAGCUCAACAAGGCGAUUGCCGAUUACAUGGCAUCAAAUGGGUUCAUGGAAGCUCUUGAAGCCUUCAAGAAGGAGACAGACAUGCCUGGUGACAUAGACAAGAAGUACGCUGGCCUUCUUGAGAAGAAAUGGACGUCUGUAAUCAGGUUGCAAAAGAAGGUGAUGGACCUGGAGAGUCGACUCGCAGAGGCCGAGAAAGAGUACAUUUCGGGCGCACCCACCCGGGAGAAGCGAUCCCCGACAGAGUGGAUUCCCAGGCCUCCCGAGCGGCAUGCACUCACGGGACACCGGUCACCGGUCACCCGGGUGGCCUUCCACCCCGUGUACAGCGUGGUCGUCUCCGCCUCCGAAGACGCCUCCAUCAAGGUUUGGGAUUACGAGACAGGAGACUUCGAACGAACGCUAAAGGGCCACACUGACUCCGUGCAAGACUUAGGGUUCGACCACACCGGGAAGUUUCUAGUGUCUUGUUCAGCAGACAUGACCAUCAAAUUGUGGGAUUUCCAGACGUAUGAGUGUAUUCGUACGAUGCACGGACACGACCACAACGUGUCGUCAGUGUCUUUCCUGCCGAGUGGCGACCACGUGGUGUCCUGCUCGAGAGACAAGACCAUCAAGAUGUGGGAGGUAUCCACGGGGUACUGUGUCAAGACGUUCACAGGCCAUCGAGAGUGGGUGCGCAUGGUUAGAGUCAACUCCGAUGGCUCCCUCUUGGCCAGCUGUUCUAAUGACCAGACUGUUCGUGUGUGGGUGGUGGGCACCAAGGAGUGCAAGCUGGAGCUCCGGGAGCACGACCACGUGGUGGAGUGCAUUGCCUGGGCACCCGAGAGUGCCCACCCACACCUGGGCGGCAACGGCAGCGGAGACAGCAACCGGCGGCCGGCUGGCAGCGCUACGGGUAGGUCCCAGGGCACGGGACCCUUCCUGGCCUCGGGCUCGCGGGACAAGACCAUCAAACUAUGGGACGUCAGCACGGGCCUGGCCGUCUUCACCCUGGUGGGCCACGACAACUGGGUGCGUGGUGUCAAGUUCCACCCCGGUGGCAAAUACCUGUUGAGCUGCUCGGACGACAAGACGUUGCGUGUCUGGGAGCUGGCACACCAGCGUUGCUGCAAGACCCUGGAGGCACACUCACACUUCUGCACAUCGCUCGAUUUCCACCGCACAGCGCCAUACGUGGUGACGGGCAGCGUUGACCAGACAGUCAAGGUGUGGGAAUGCCGCUAGACACCACUGACUGCCCCGAGCAUGGGCGGCGGCGCACUGCUGGUCAAGGACCGACGACCGCAGCAGCAGCAGUCCCUCCUGCAAACAAAGCCUCGGCAGUGACUCAGCUCAUUCCUCCCGAGUCUCUUCAACUGCUACACUGCAGCCUGAAAAAUUUUUUUGCCCCUACGUUGGCCUCAGUAACCUUGCUGUCGUCGCCACCACCACCACAAUCCCGCUCGUUGACCGUUCCUGCUGCGGAUCGUCGCGCACCGGCCGUUGACAACCACUGUUGCUGCUUCUGCUGCUGCUGCUGUUGCAACGCUGCGUUGUUUACAUACAAGCCGCUGCCCAAUGCACCAAGUGGCUCGGGAACGCAGGAUUCUUGCCUACGUUUCAAGUGGACGCCGUGUUUGGUGCAGAGGGUGGUGUCUGUCCAGAACAUUUUUUUAACUAUUUUGCCAACCAGAGAGCACAUGUGCUGUUGUCUGUUUUUGUUUUAAGUUUUAGGCAUCCUGGGAACUCUUUGCGGGGAGGGUGACCCAGACGGUUUCGUGAGUGUUGUGGUGUCUUUGGCGACCGAAAGGGUGGAUAGUGGCGGUAAGGGUUUAGAUGGUGGCACCGCAACGGUGAAACUGCAGUGUACAGUUUGCAGGAUUUCAAAAUGUCGCUGCGCUCUGUCAGGGUUUCGUUUGCCAGAGAAACGAGUCUGCCCCUGGCGGAGAGAGACCGCGUGUUUGUUUUGUUUGGUUGUGCGAUCGCUGCCAGCUGCCCGUAGCGCUGUAGUCUGAGCAGUGAGAUAAUGCUCGUGGCCGUUGAUGCAGCUCUGUCCUCUUGCGUGUGCCACCUCUGCAAAGAACUUCCAGAAUGCUCGAUGAAGCUCCGUGCAUGUCCGGUAUGAAAAAUCUCCUAAAGCUGCUACGAAGGUGUUUGUAUCACUGUGCAUGCGACAGGCGGGUUUGAAAAACACGUGGUGCCUGUGGCUGUGUGGGAAGCACCGAAAGCCAGACGUCUUGCACGUGGUUGGCUGGUGAGGUCACGUGGUUGGCUGGUGAGGUUUGUUAAAUGGCUAGACUGAAAAAAAGAAAAGCAGUACCGAGCGGUGAAGAAAGCCCACUGAAAUGAGGCUGUUGCACUCGUCGUAAAUUAGACGAAGGAAUUAAAAAAAAAAUUGACGGACACUAUUCAAUGGAACGCUACUGUCCGAUCCAGUCUUGUGUGAACCUGUGUGAAAUGAGGCAGUACAGAUGUAUUGCUACGCGUUAUUUCUGACAACCAAUUUCAUUUCUAUAAUAUUUUUUGUCAGGUGACCUUCUGGCGGAACGGGUUUUCUUCUGCGGCGUGCAGAGGGUAGGCAUUGUUUCUGGCUUCCGUUGUGGUUUUUUAUUUUUGCAAUACUGCGCCGUUUCUCCUCUAGGUUCUAUAGUGACCACGUUUGAAUCCACAGUUCACUUUACUUUUUUUUCUGCUUGGUUAUAAAAAAAGGCAUCCCUGGCUCUCUCUGAUGAAAGUAUUGGGGGUGGGGUGCGGGGCCUUGUUUUUUAACCCGAAGCUUGCAAGGAAAUUGUAAAUACAUGUGUUCCUUUUGUUUUUUAUCAAGCCCCAGCAGAGGGGGGAUAUAAUAAACGAUGUGGUGCGCAGUUUAUUUGUGUGCGUGCUCCCUGCGUCUUGCUUUUCGCCUCCCUGCAAACUGUUCUCGAAGAAAACUGCGUUUGCGCGGGCACUUAUAUGAAUGCGCAUUUUAUUCUUUUUCAAUUUGCUCGGCUGUGGAGACUUCUAGAAAAAGUAGCAGGUCUAGCCAGUGAUUACUGCGGCGCAAAGCUGAGGUAAAGUCAGCCGGUGGCUUCUGUUGCAUCUUAUCCUUUUAUUUUUGUGGUGCCAUCUUAACGGCGUGUUCAAUUGUAAUGGGAGUGUGAGGAAUGCUUAUCAUGUUUUCUGAAGCUGUGUAUCAGUACCGUGAAUUGACAAUUGAGCCUCAUUCAUUUGCCCUUAAUGGCAGUUUUUCAUUCUUCAAAUGUGCUUGCAGUUGUUCUAAUGCAUGCUGUCAUUAAAAAAAAAAAACACAUUCUUAAGCUAAUGUUUGCAGCCGCUGGCAAUUUCAUGUGCCUGCUAGGGCAGAAAGAAAAGGAGUUUGUGGUGAACUGUGCGGCGCCAAUGUUGCGGUUCAGCUCGUCGAUGCCGAUUGGAUGGUGGAAAUAUAUUGACAGCUUUCUUGGGAGAUGCUUUGAGAAUUGAACUGUGCGUGCACUGUCAUGCACGAAAUUUCUGCAUUCGUUCGGAUAGUCAGAAUUGUGUGUCAUUGCAGCUUUUCAAAGUGUUAACAACAUUGGCUGGCGGUUGCGUCCGCAGCUUUUGCGUUCGGGGACCUCUGGCACGAGAUAAAAUGUAUAUUCGCACAUCUUGGCAAGCCUGGCGAUUAUUGCUUUUAGUGCAUGCAAAGCGGCACUCUUGAAUCCUACUGCCUU